CAUGCGUGCCAAGUGUAUAGUGAAAUCCUACAGUUCUGUGCGUAAGCAUUGUGCCAAACUGACAGUACAACUCGUGUGUGUGUGUGUGUGUGUGUGUGUGUGUGUGUGUGUAACUUUGCUCUGCCCCGGCAUUGCUUUUGCUACUUGAUUGCAUGUGUGUGUAGCUGAGGGAGACAGAGAGGAAGACAGAGAAAGAAGAGAGAGAUUGCGCGUACAUGAUUUAUAGGAAGCACCGGCAACAGCCACAAAGUUUGAGAGCUGUUGACGCUGUGUCACCUCUUGGAUUCAUCUGACUUGGGGGAGGGGAGGAACUGUCUACAAUGCCGUCUUUUGAAGAGUUUCUAAAAGAGGCUGGGGAAUUUGGAAGGUUUCAAAAGCGGGUCUUCCUCCUCCUUUGCCAGACUGGUAUAACCUUUUCCUUCUUAUUUGUUGGUGUUGUGUUCCUUGGCCGGGACCCAGAGCAAUAUUGGUGCAGGGUUCCUUAUGCAUCUAAAUUAAGGAAGCAAUGUGGAUGGACAUUUGAAGAGGAGUACAACGUUACCAUUCGAGCUUCAAGUCUGGUGAAUGAUUCUUCCCAAUGCAAGAAGUAUGACAUGGAGUGGCAUAACACCUCUUCUAGCUGUACCAACCCACUGUCUCAUCUUACCAGCAGCAGCUUGAGCAAUGUGUCACUUACAACAUGCCGCCGGGAUGGCUGGCUCUACAAAGAACCUCAUUCAACUAUUGCCAGCGAGGUAAGAGAAUUCAAAAUACAUCCUCCAGCCAUGUUUUCAUUAGCAAUACAGGACUAUAAAAUACAUAAAAGAAGAAGUCUGGAGUGCAAACUAUGGUGGGUUGACACAGAUAAUUAAUCUUCUCCACAACAGCAAUUGGAAAGUUUCAUAGGUAACCUUAAACAGCAGUGCCAGUGUUUAAUGUGUUUAAUAUGUCAGCAAAUUCCAAAACUGAGCCAUUUCUACUGACUCUUCGAAAUCGAAGAGUAUAAUGAGAGCUAUGGCAUUUCAGAUAAUGGAUGGGCUAAUAGAAUAUAUGUAAAUGACUCCUCUUGGAAACUGAGGCAAAACAGUUGUAUAGAAGGGCAGCACCAAUUCAGAUAAACAGUGUAUAUCUCUCUGGAUGAAUUUCUUGUCAUUUAUCAUUCGACAAUACAUUAGGAAGGGAGUGUGGCUCACUGGUAGUACACAUCCUUUGCGUGCAGAAGGUCUUAGAUUUAAUCCCUGGCAUUGCAAAAAAGGAUCAGAUAGUUAGUGAUGGGAACCAAUUCUACCCACUGCUGCCUGUCAGCAAAACUAGGCUAAACAGACAAAUAAUCUGACCUGGUACAAGGCAGUUUCUUGUGAUCUUAAAGUUGAAAAUCUAAAAUUGAGUUCAGAUCAAUUUUAUUAUUUUCAGCCAUAAUAAAGAGAGGGGAAAGUAACACUAUGCCAGCAAGGACAUUUAUAAAAUGAGAAUAACUGAGCAAACAUAAAACACCAACAAUCAAGUAUGAAAAAUGCAGCUAGCUGUGUUGGUCCAUUAAGAAAAAAUCCAAUGCACAACAACCACUUAAUAUUUUAGGAUGGGCUGAAAGUCAUAAACAGCGCAAGUAGCUUUUGAGUUUCACAAAACUUUUUUUAGACAGGUUGUAGAACAACAAAAAAGAGGGUGGGGGGAAGUGAACAAGAAGGUGUUGCUGAUACAGGUUACGGUGGAUAUCCAUCUGUGAUAUGUGAAUUUUGGAUGUUGAAGGAAGCUCUUUGCAAACUAAGGAAGAGAACUUAAACCAACUUGCCCAUUUAGGAUCGUAACCUAAAUUAGUUUGCACCAGGAGAUCUUAAAUUGCACCAAAGCAUAGUGCAAUAAAGAAGCAAUGCCUGUUGAAAAUACAAGAUAUUAUUAAAAGGUGCUCAAAUAUUCCUCAGCACCGACUGGAACACAUGCAAGUCCUGAAAUAAAGAAAAGUAUUGCAUUAUUUAUCUUUCGUAUUCCUAACUCAUCUCUUGCCUGAGGUAGUGACCUCAUUGCAGAUUGCAAACUACCUAAAACACAGUAAAUCAAAUAGAACAAUAAAAGCAACUGAUUAAAUAAUUAAACAAACAGUACCAGAGUUAGAACAGCAUUUAUUUAGGGAGUAGUCUGUAGAAAGCACAAUUACAGGAGGAGCAGAUCAGGUAUGCAAGUUAUGUCACUAACUUUCGUGAUAUUAGUUUGCACCAGAAUAGUAAAAGGGAACCCACUUUUAAUAGUAUCUUAUUCACAUUACACUUGUGGACUAUAACUUUCCAGAACUAGUUUUGUUCUGUUUGAAUUAGAUCUGGUAUACAUUUUAAGAUAGAAAUAGAAAUAUAUUACAGUAUUUUAGAUAUUGUUCAUUUUCUUUCCUGGAGCUCAUAUCAAUACAUUCUUUAGAUAAAUACAGUAGAAAUUGUUUUGCUGAAAUGUUGCUGGUGGAGGCAGGAGGGUGAUUAGAGAAUGAGAAAAAGGACAGUGAUCUUUUUGAUUUAAUCCUGCUUUGGUUGUCUGUGGUAACAUUUUGUUAAUCAUUAACACUGAAAUAUGACAGAUUUAAGGACAGGCGGAUAUGGUAGCAUUAGUAGCUGCUUUCAGACACUGUAAUGAACACAGGAAGCUGUGUUACACUGAGCUGGGCCAUCAGCCUAUCAAGCUACUGUAUGCCUGAGGUCUUCACACUUUCCCAAUCUUGGGUUCACCUUUAGUCCCAACAUGCAUUUAGGGACCCAUGUCUUCCUUUUGUUAUUUGCAUGGUGGUAAUGUUGCUGUUGUGACAUACCUUAUGUCAGUCUGCGGACUGAUGUUUGUUCAGAUUUCAGCAGUAAACAGUGGGUUUUCCCAGGGAAAGUCGCAGGACAAAAAAACCCCUCUUGGACUCUUGACUUGAAAUCGUGGAACAAAUGAAAGUAUGGACGGGCCCAUAGUUUCUCAUUUUUCCAGUCUUUUUAAAAAUCCUCGUGAAAAUUCUUCAGCAUUUUAGUGCAAAUUUAUCCCAAUCAACACAGCAUUGGAAACAGUUUUGACAAAUGUGCACAUUUUUGCAAACAAUUUCUCCUAAUGUUAAGCAUUUUGCAUGCUAUUUUCACCAAUAUAUUUAUUUUUAUGCACUAUUUCCACUAACAUAUGCAUUGUAUUAAGCUUCAAUUGGAGAACAGCACUGCAAAAUUUGGAUACUUGUGCAUUUUGAAGGAUGGUGCAUUUCAGUUCUUACGGUAUUUUGGAAAGGGGAAAUUGGAUAUAUUCAGCUUUCAACGAGUUGUAGUUCUCUUUCAUCCCUAGUCCCAAACCACCAGUUGAAGACAAAUGCUCCAUGCUGACUGGAAGCAGCUCUCCAGGGUUGCAGACAAGGACCUUUCCCUGUUCUAAUUGGAUAUUUGAUUAUUAUACUAUAACUAAGAGAUACCUGAGACUGAGGCCCCAUCUGCACUAUACAUUUAAACCAGUAUCACACCACUAUAAACAGUCAUGGCUUCCCCCAGAGAAUCCUGGGAACUGUAAUUUGUUAAGGGCACAGUGAGUUGUUAGGAGACCCCUUUUCCCCUCACAGAACUACAAUUCCCAGAACGCUUUAACAAUCAAUCCCUCUUCCUGGGGAACUGUUUCUCUACAGGGGCAACAGAGGUAUUCUAAGUACUCUCAGCAAUUUUAUCAGACUUCAGUUCCCUGGAUUCUUUGGGGAAGCCAUGACUGUAGUAGCAUGUUCAAAUACAUAGUGCAGAUGGAGCAAGAAUCAGGGACUUUUUGUUUGCAAAGCAUGCGAGGGCUGGGAAUGCAACAGCAGUUGUACCUGUGGCCAGUGGCCCUCCUAAGGUAAAGGGACCCCUGACCAUUAGGUCCAGUCGUGGCCGACUCUGGGGUUGCGGCGCUCAUCUCACCUUACUGGCCAAGGGAGCCGGCACACAGCUUCCGGGUCAUGUGGCCAUGACUAAGCCACUUCUGGCGAACCAGAGCAGCACACGGAAACGCCAUUUACCUUCCCGCUGGAGCGGUACCUAUUUAUCUACUUGCACUUUGACGUGCUUUCAAACGGCUAGGUUUGCAGGAGCAGGGACCGAGCAACAGGAGCUCACCCCGUCACGGGGAUUCGAACUGCCGACCUUCUGAUCGGCAAGCCCUAGGCUCUGUGGUUUAACCCACAGCACCACCGGCCCUCCUACCUUUUGCCAAACCAAAGGCAAAUGAUGCAUGUGGAGGAAACAUUUACUGUUGCAGCAAGUAUUUCUUACUGCUUACUUUUGGGGGUGGAAAAUCCUGCUCCACUACUUCACCUCUUCCUUCAAGCAGUGUUCCUAGUAAUGUAGAUGGUGACCAUUGGGAUGCAGUCACAUCAACUUUUUUAGAGAAAUGAAAGCUCUGUGGCUGUCUGGAUAUAACUACCAAUCCAGACGUUCUUAUAACUCUUCAGUCUCUGCAUGUGUUUUUCCCUAUUGCAAUAUGUAGCACAAUCCCAUGCAUGUUUACUCAGGUAAGUCUUGCUGUGUCUGAUGGGGCUUAGCCCUCACUAAGCAAGCACAGCCUUAAUGACUAGCUUAGGAGAAGGCUUGCCCCAAUCUCCUAGCACAAGGAGACAGUUCUCCUACACCUGUAGGUGAGGAAUCUCAUGCCUGAAGCCUAGCCUUGUCCAUAGCCUAGGCAUGAAGUUUUGCCUCCUCCACCCUUGACUAAAAAAAAAUGCAUUCAAGAAAAUCAUAGUGUUGUGACAGCACAUGAUUUCCUAUGUGCAUUCUGAGGUUAAUGGCUAUCUAUCUAGUUAUAUAAGCCAACUAUCCCACUAGAUUGCUGGCUGGCUGGUUGGUCAGUAGAUGGUCAGUAGAUGGCGGUUCUCUGAGAGCAGUAGCAGGCCUCCAGGAGAGAGCACAGAGAGCUUCUAGAGCGGUGAUGGGAACCUGUGGCCCUGCAGAUGUUAGACUACAAUUUUUCCAUCCCUGACCAUCGGCCAUUCUGGCUAGUGGCUGAAGUCCAACAAAGUAUGAAAGGCUGAAGGUUCUUCAUCCAGGCCCCAGGGUGUUUCUCCCCUAAGCCAGAGUCAAACUUCUGGAAGUACUUACCAAGCUCUCGGGUCAAGUUACGCCUGGAGCUGCUUUGUUUUUGCUGUAAUCUUGACACUUGGUCCUCCAUGGAGGAUACAUUCUGGUCCGCUGCCUGCAAACACUUUCGCUCUGCCAAGUUAACAUUUGCCAGAUUAACAUGCCCUUUGUGGGAAGAUAAUUGGUUUCCUAGAAGAAGAAAUGCAGUUGUUUAGAACAUACUGAUGUCAGCAACAUAAUAAAGUCCUAUAUGAAACAUUACUGUUGCUGUUGAAGCUAUUUUAAGGGCCAAGUACUACAUUCCCCAUCGAUACACAGACCUUACUUAGCUCUAAGGACAGCAGGAUUUAUUUAUCCAUUCAUGUAUAUACCGCUUUUCAUCCCAAAGGUCCUCAAACCUUUUAUUAAUACAAUAAAAUGACAGCAAAAUGCAAUAAAUCAAUUGUCAAUCAAAUACAAGAAAGCAACACCCCCUCUCAAAAUAUUGAUUGUGUCAGUGUUUUCAUAUAAAUAAACAAUUGGCAAGGAAUCUUGGUACCCCAUUUAGAUAUUUUUAUGGUUUCUCACUGGACUAGAUAAUAUUUAUUUUGCACAUGUUUAGGCUAUAAGCAUUUAACUUCAGAAAUCAAAUUAACCCAUCAUAAACAAUCCUAGUUCCAUGCUAACUGAAACCAUUUCUACACAUUCUAAUGAACAUACUGUGAAUUAGAUUCUCUUCCUGGUACAUAUAUAGGCCCAUGUGUGAUAAAAGUCUGUUGAUUGUAACAUCACCUACAAUUAACCCUCCUUCAUACAUGCUAUAUAACCUACAUACCAAAAAUUAUGCAAAAAAUGUACAAUACACAAAGUUAAUGUGCAGAUCUAUCCCAUGUAUGGAUCUUAUCAUGCUAAAAUGUAGCAUUCAAAUAUGGCUAAUUAAAAGCAUUGGUUUCAAUGGGUCUACUCUAUGUAUCAGAUACCACCCUUAAGGGAAAAAAACACCCUAACAUACCAAAUAAAAAGCUGAGUAAUCUAGCAUGGGAACUGGCCCUACUAAAAAGAUAUGACUGUUUAAAUGUGAGACUAAAACUAAAUAAAUAAAAUGCUAUGGAGUGCUAAAAAGGAGUUAGUUCUUGCUGGAAUUGCUCAGAUAAUCAGUGUUGGAAUUAAUUACAUUCAUUAUGUUAUUAUUUUAAUUAGUGAUCUCAGUCAAGGAUAUAACGGUGUGUUGAAGAGUUUAAGCUCUUCUCAUGUUGACGAAGCAAAAAUCAUGCUCCUAAAUAAUUAUGCAUUCUCCAAAAUCUGUCUAUUGCUAAUACUAGUUUUAUUGUAUUCAUGCAAGUUUUCAGAGACUGAGGUCACUAGUUCUCUAUGACAACUGGUAUUAAUCAGGCUAUCCCACUGGAAUCUUGGAAGUAGGUUUGGGUUAAAUCCUUCCAAAAAGUUAUUUCAUGAAAUCUUCAAGAUUACAAAUCAGAGCACUGAGAUGGAGAUUUGCUUAGCUCUUUUAAACUUUUUUUUUUUCUUGGAUGUGCUCAAAAAGUCAGAACCAUUUCACUCACAGCACUAAGUCAGGAGAUAGGUGUUGAACACUGGAAGAACAAACAGUGUUUAUCUGUGAUGUCUUAGAAGUACAACAGAGUUUAAGACAUGUUUAUCAUGUAGAUGAUACGGUAUCAACCAAAGUUAGCUCAAGGACUGACAAAGCCAGAUGGUUUCUAUUCAAAGUGGCAUUUCCACCCCACCCCACCCCAUAUCUUGUUCCUGGCAAGAAUGUCACAGCAGGCAAGACUUGGGUGCUUACAAUGUGUUUCUUUAGUUACAUUUCGUCACCUUCUGUCUUCACUUUACCUAUCACUCCCUCCAUUUUGCCCCCAUUUCUUAUAUUUUCAUUAAGGCCUUCCAGGGAUGAUCCUCUGAAAAACAAUGGCCAACCCUACCAUUAGACAGGAAGAUGGCAACCUCAGGCAGCAGGUGCUUGAGGUGGGGAGCAGCAGCAAGUUGUUGAAGGGUAGAGCUCUUUGUGCUACUAGGCCUGCCGUUCACCUUCUAAGCUAGCCUGCUGACCUCAAAUAUGGUGGAGGACGCUGCCCCAUUACCAGUAUUGGCUUGUGUACAUGGAAUGGCGGGGGGGGGGGGGAGGCACCAUCUUGUCUUUUGCCUCAGGCAGCAAAUAUAUUUUGGACCUAACUUCAUAUGAGAUUCUUUUAUGACAUCUGUAAAGGGUAAGACUUCACAGGCCCAGCCACCAUCAAAAUAUGAUCCUAAAUAGUUUUAUAAGUUUCUUAAAUUGAACAUUAGUUCUAUAUAAACCUGGCAUAGUUUAUAUAGAGACUGUCAAUUCUAAUGUUUCAGUUCCCUUUUUAAAAAGACUAGGUGUAUCUCUAGUCACAGAAGGCUUUUUGCUGCAGUGAAGGGAAAAAGGAGGGAGGCAAUUUUUACAGUGAUUCCCUUUCUCCUGCAGCCUCCCUCGGAUAUUGUUUUCAAGACUGGAAUCUUUUGUCAAAUAAAAACUUUAUCUUCUACAGAAACUUACUGUAUCUUUUUCUUCUUCCCACAGUACAACCUUGUUUGUGAGGACAGAUGGCUAAUAGAUAUGACACAGUCUCUCCUCAAUCUCGGUUUUUUGGUAGGAGGAUUUUACCUAGGCUACGCUUCAGACAGGUAAAAUUUUCUUUUUUAACCAAACUACAAACCAUUUCAUUCUUCAACUGCAGACAGGGCUGCUUCACACGUUACUUUACUUAUGUGAGUGAGUGUUUACAUUGUGUUAGUACUGUACCCAAAACGUCUUCCAUGUUUUUUAUCCAUUCUCCAUCAACUCAUGUGGGGAGAAAGCAUUUGAAAAUUGUCAAAGCUGAAAGAAAAUUUCAGUGAAAUUUUCAUGCAUGAAAUGUGGAGGGGUUGUUGCAAUUAUUUUGAUGUGGCCAAGAGAUUUUGUGAGUGUCUCUUCUUUCCUUCUACAUUCUGCAGCCUUCCCAGGUGCUCACAUUUCCUGAAAAACCUUCGAUGUCUUCAGUUGGCCUUUCCUGUUAGCAAGGGAAGCUGGAGAGAGGUUACCUACAGUGCCCCUGACAACUGUUCGUUUUAUUAAAUUGCAUAUUUAUUUUUAAAGACAUAAUUGCAGAGAGCUAUUGGUGUUUUUUAAGCAAAAGGGAAGAAGCACACCAGCCUUAGGCACUUGGAAGCAAGUUACCCCAGCCUCCCAAGCUUCAGUUAAAGGCAGAAAGAGACAUCAUGAGCAGCUUCUUCCCAUGGUGAUUUUUCAGAUCAGGAAAUAUGGGAGAAAGUUUAAUGGAAAGAAAAAAACACUCACUGACACAAUAAGGUAAACUCAACUCCACACCCAGUGCUAUUUUUCCAGAAACAAAGGUGUCAAAACUCACCAUGAACACCUUCCUCUCUUCGAAUGGCAAUGGUGUCCACCUGAGAGGUGUUGGAACUGAGUUCUGGCUGGAAAAAAAGCCCUGUCCACACCCACCAAAAUUAUAAAGUGUCCCUUGAAUGAGGCAGAACAGCAGAAGUCUCUUUCGUAGAGGAACAAAAUUUUAGAGAAAUUGGAGGAGAGUUUUCGGCACAGCACUUUUGUAUGCCAUUACGUGUGAAGUUUAGGAAGCUUAGGAAUAUGUUCAGUCUGCCUUCAGUGAGGUGACUAGUGAGGGGUGGGAGUGGGGGAGAGAGCAUCCCUACCAUUCCCAGAGCUGGUUUGCUAACCAGGCAUCACCCAGGAAGAAAGGACAAGACCUUAAAAGCUCUUUUCACACCAGGUAACCCUGUUCUCUCUGUUUUACUCUCACUCUUUCUGUUCUUGACAGAUACGGCAGAAUCAACAUUUACCUCAUUUCCUCCUUUGGGGCAGGACUAUGUGGCCUCAUAGUGGCUUUUGCACCAAAUAUUGUAGUAUUUUCGAUAUUUCGCUUUCUACAAGGUGUAUUUGGAAAGGGAACCUGGAUGACAAGCUUUGUCAUUGGUAAGACUUGGCGUGUUUUCCAUUCUUCCUCUUCAUAUAUGCAUGUAAUAUGUGGGAUACUAGAUGAAAAAAGGGGAUUUCUUGAAUGGGAUCAUUAUACUGUAGGCACAUUGCACAUAAAAUCAAUAGAUUGCAUUGUGAAUAUUGCUAAAUUACUGCAUGAAAGGGUGGGUUGAUUAUGCAGGGAUUGGUUCAUUUGAAGACAUUUUAUUCUGAUAGUGCUGGUGGUGGAGAUUUCCUCCUGAUGUUGAUAAAAGUUCCAAAGGAACCAUUUCUGUCAAGAUCACAGCAAGGGGAGAAAAGGUUAAACUCUCCCUCUCUGCCACGCUGCAGUCCUGAUAAUUAUCAGUCCCAUCCCCAGCAGCUGCUACUUGAAUGUUAACAAACAUGCAUAUGAAAUGCAGCAACCCAUUUAACCCCAGGUCACAUCUCAUUUGACCCCAGUUCAUGACCCACCAGGCAAAAUUUCACACAAGAUCCAUGUACAGCAGCUGACCAGAGGCUCAAUAGCUCUCCUGUUUUUGUUAUCUGCCUCAGGGACUGCAAAAACAAUAAGUUUAUUGAAGACAAUAAUGGCUUCUGAAUUGUGUAUAGUUUGGUCACAAGCCGAUCUAAUAUGACCCAGAUUUUAAAUACCGUAUUUUUCGCACCAUAGGACGCACUUUUUCCCUCCUAAAAAGCAAGGGGAAAUGUGUGUGCGUCCUAUGGAGCGAAUGCAGGGGGGAGGAAGGCGGGAAAAGCCCCCAAGAGCCGCACACAAGCUCCGUACGCUCUUGCGGGCUUUUCCACAGGAGGGAGAAGGGACUGACUGGCCGCAUCAGUCCCUUCUCCCACCUCCCAGAAAAGCCAGGAGAAGCCGCAAUCUCUUUAAAGGGGUUGCGCGGCUUCUGUGGGCUUUUGGGAGAGGUGAGGGAAUCCCCCCACCUCCCAGCAAAGCCAGGAAAGCCCUGCGCAGCGUCUCCCGGCAAGGAGAGGCUGCACGGGGCUAAAGGGGAAGCCAAAACAGUGAGCGGGAUCCUAAAAACUGGGUGCGCCCUAUGGUCCGGUGCGCCCUAUGGUGCGAAAAAUACGGUAAGCCCAUGGUUUAUAAAUUUAAGAAUGCACAGAGAUGUACCUAAUUUGAGUGGUGAGCUGGCUUUAAAAAAUGCAGUUACCAUUGGUUGGGUUCGGUUUUUUAGACAUACAUUUUUGAGCACAGAGGAAAGUAAUUCAUCACUAAUUUACCACCACACUCCAUGAGCCGUUUCUGGUUUUCAAGGUGGGGAGGUGACAUAUAAUUAUACAUUUAAUUGGGAGAAGUGUGCACAUGGCAUUUUAAAAGUUAAAUCCCAAAACUAAAGGAGAAUAUGGAAUCAUCACUCAGAUUGUUGGUAUGUACAUCCGUCUGUUUUACAGUGAAGGUAAGCAGAAGCCAGCAUCACUCAGGAGAAAAAAAAUGUGUUCUUUAUAGGACAUUUUUAUACAUGUGAAGCUACAUAGAUGCUCAUUCAAUAGUAAUAAGACCAAAGAAUACCAACAUGCACUAUCUCACCAAUGAAUGAGAUAUGGGCUCAAUCCAGAUACAAUUAUUUUGGUUUCAUAAACAAUGGCAGGAUUUCUGUCAAUUGUUGAACCAUCUGGUUUGGUGCCCUACUUUUGUAGCCAGAGAUUAAACCAGUUUCCAAGUUUGGAGGUAAUGGGAAAGUGUGAUUUAAGGCAAUACAUUGUGCAGAAGAAUGGGGAAUGAAAGGGAAGGAGGGAGGGAUGAAUGUCCAGGCUAACCACUUGUUCUUAGCCUAAUAAACAAUGGUUUGUUAACUGAGAUAGCUAUGUCUUAACCAGGCCAUAGAUUCAUAACAUCAGACAUCUGUGACAUUAAUUUUCUUCUGCCAACUAAUGUAAAGAAGUCAGCAAUACCAAGCAAAAUAUCUCCACAUGUACCACAGAACAGUGACUUGCUAUCAUCACCCUAUUAAUGGUUUUAAUAAUGUGCAGGCUGUUUCCUUUCAAUGUCUUUUAUUUUGUCCAUUUCUGUAUUCAGUGACAGAGAUAGUUGGUUCAGAUCAGCGAAGGAUUGUUGGAAUUGUAAUUCAGAUCUUUUUCACCCUUGGAGUUGUGAUUCUUCCUGGAAUUGCUUAUCUCAUUCCCACAUGGCGAGAGAUUCAGCUAGCUACGACACUCCCCAACUUCCUCUUCCUGUUGUAUUACUGGUAAUUUGAUGUUAUUUUCUUUCUUGGAUCUUUAGAAUAAUUAUAUAGUACACAGUAUGAGGUCCUGUAGUAUAAACUGGGAGCUUUAGUAAUUAUGAGUAGUCCUCUGUCUGUCUCACAGGUCAUUAAAUUGCCCACAUCUACUGUAGGGGAACGAUAAUACUGACCUUCAUUCAGAAUUAUAAGGAUUGCUGUGAUAUGCCCUUGAAGUGCUUUGAACACUCUAAAACACAAUGUAAACAAAAUACAUUGUUUAAGAACACAGAAAGUUAUCAUCAGUAACCUCCUCCCCAAAUUGUGCCUUUUUAAAUAUAAGCCUACAUCUAUAAACAGUAUACCUGUUUGAACAUAUUUGAAAUGAGUUAUGGCUGAAUAUAGAACCAAAAGCCACAGAUAUAGUUUGUGUAAAAUAUGGACAAAUAGGAGUGCUAUUUACAAAGGGUUGAUCUAUCUCUUCAAGGUAAACUCAAAGUUUUUUCAGUUCAGUUCAGAAUUUACAAUCGAUUCUGAAAGUUUCUGAAAUUGACUAUGCAACAUUCCCUUUAGAAUCUAGUUUGCAUUUCGCUAGUUUCCAGGGAUCAUAUUGCAAGUCAUCCACAUAAUUUAUGUGCUUCUUUGUCCAACUAUGUAUAAAGAAUGGACAGAAUCAUCAGCAUUAUGUGGGUCACUUAUACCGGGCUUCUACUGUGUGCAGUGUCAAAUUGCUUGCUGACUCCAUGGGAUGCUUGUUUCAGCCUUCACACAAACACACACACAUUCACACAGGAGGAUUAAAGAGCUUCCAGCUUGCCAGGAAAAAAAUGGAAGGCAGGAGAACCGCACGGGGAUGUUGAUUAGCUUCGUGCCUUCUUACAAGCAAUAAAUCUAUUUGGUUUCUGAACACAGCUUGCAGAUACAUCCUUACCAGUGUCUCUACUUUUGCAGGGCAGUACCUGAAUCUCCACGGUGGCUACUGACACGUAAAAAAGGAGAAAAAGCCCUAAAGAUCAUUCAGUCCAUCGCCAAAGACAAUGGGAAAUGUCUUCCACCACAUUAUACUGAGGUACUCACCAUAUACGUGCUAAGCAUCAAAUGCACCACUUUUAGCAUCAUCAUGGUGUUAGCAAGGCAUGUUCAGUUUGUGCUGUUGGGUUUUCUGUUUCUCGCCCUGUGGCCAUCUAAGUGUUAGCUGGAGUGUGGAGGAGAUGAUUUCCCCCAUUUUGUACCUUUUUUUUUGUAUUAAGGGCUCGCUCUGGGGUGUGUUUCACUACUGCUCAUCUUUCUGAUGUUGUGCUGAACAUGUGCACAUUGGCAAAUUGGGCCAUCAGGAUAUGUCAUAUUGGAGGCAGGUCAGGUGUCAGGUGUCUGGAACACAGGCACAAACGUUCACACACACCAUUUGUACAGCGAAUACACAAAGAAGAAAGUCUGCACAGACUCAUUCUGUUGCAUGCAUAUAAGAUCCUGGCCUCUUGGGAGUGGAAACCUGAUGGCAGGGCUUGCAUGUUAUCUUUCUUUCAUUUGUCUUAUGCACUGCACUUAAUUGCUGUAGGUGCUUUGAAAACAUUGGUGUUGGUCAAUUAGUUAUUGAGAGAAAUACUAACUAUGCAGACAGGACAGUGGGCAGUGGAGCCACCACCACGUCCAAACCCCUGUUGGUCAGGGCGGUUUUACUACACCAGCUGGUGCAACAGAGAUGUCUGAAUCAGGCCUCUCAUGGACAAAGAAGAAGAAGAAGAAAAAGAAUUCAGGGGAUCUGUAACUGGCCCAAACCUACACAUAUCCCAAAACACCCCUUUUGAGAACUCUACACUGGCUACCACCAGUGGGAGGCCUGUCAAUAAUUGCAGGUCCCUGCCUGCUCAGGCAGAUGUCAGGCCUCGUCCAGAGCAGCAGUAUUCUUCUCCAGGAGGAGUGUUGGAAAUCUAGCAACUUAAAGGACAUUUCUCUCAAAAUAUUUAGUAAUAUUAAAAGUAGCAGAUGCAGAAUUCAAUACUUUCCUUCCCAAAAAUCAGAGGAUCCUAUACUAUAUCAAUGUAAAUCAACACAAAAAGGUACUGCAGUUUUUCGUAAAUUCCUUUUUUUAAACAGCCAUACAUGAAAGACUUGCUUUUGCCACACAUCUUCCAAAUGCCUUGUCUGUCAACCAUCUUGUGAAGAUCAUAUUUUCAUGUGAUCAGAUUACGAACAAGGGAAUGUGCGGAUUGCAUGAUGUCCAUCUGUUCAGAUUCUUCAGUUUGUUCAACAUCUCAGUAUUUUUAGAAUGGUGACCUUGGUGUCCAGGCUAGUAUUACUCUCUCCUCAUCGUUCCCAAACAUCCUAGCCUAUAUUUUUAAGUAGUAUCCACAGCUGGGUGACCCUAAUUUAGUCACAGCUGCAAUUGCUUAGCCCUCAGUAAUAGUCUAAGGCUUCUAAGCUGCACUUCGGAACCGUUCCAGAUCCUUUUGGAUACACAAGUUCAGUCAUUCUUGAUUCUAUGCCCAGAAGGAGAGCACGAUGCUCCCGGAAGUGUGAUAAUGGGAGGGUCAAGUGCAUUUCACAGGCUGUACUCUCAGUGGAGUUUCUAGUUCCAAGAUUACAUAGCUCUGCUUUUCAAAGCGAAGCUCUGAGUUUGAGAAAAUUUGCUGUAUUGUAUCUUUCGUAGGCAUGCUAAUGCCCUGGUGGUGAUAAACCUGCUGUUACGAUGACGAGCUGUGUGGCAUUGAACUGUGUGGUGUUGUAGAGUUGUUUUCAUUAUAAUUUCUUUACAUUGUACAACAGAGCAUACUUCUUCUCCAACAACAACAAAGGUGGGGGGAGAGGUGAGGAUUGGUUGAAGCCUUGGAGCUAUACUUAGAGGGGGAGAGAAAAACAUGGCCUUUUAUAGUCCAAAGAUGCAUCACUCUGCUUAAAGGAAUCAAAGUUUGAGGUUUAUGACAGAAGCACUGAGUCUUCCCCCCCCCCCCCCAGUCAUUUUAUUUAAUCUUAUAUCUUCACAACAGCCGUGUGAGGUAGGUUGGUGAGGGGCCCAAGGCUAGAAGGGAGUGCUGAUUUGAGUUUAAAAAGUGAAAAUGCACGAGUAUUUUCUUUUCAUUUAUCAAGGUUGACAAAAUAUUUUUGUUUGUGCUUUCCUGAGAGUUGCUGCCUAUUCGGAGGGGAAGAGGGAAGUGGUAGGGAGGUCAGAAUGGUGCCAGUGCAUCAGGGAGCCAAGCUGGCACUCCUACCACUGUAUUUGAAGCAUUCUGAUAUCCCUUCCACCUCCAUUCCACUGUCUCUCUUCCCAAAAAACAGCAGCAGCUCAGCUGUCAGGAGGUAGAUUGAGUGUGCAUAUAUGUUGCUGUGCAUAUUAAGACAGUACCGGACAGUUUAGACAACUGAGUUCUCUAACUCAAUCUAAGGCAGCAUCACACAUAACUAAAUAUUGUCUAUACUUCUUCCUGUUUAUUCUGUUUCUGUUCCACCUUUAAAUGACAAAGAUUACUAGGCUAUUUUACAAUAAAAACAUGAAAUCUUAGAAGUACAAUUAAACACACAUACACACACACAUAUCAUAAAGCAACAAAAUAAAAACAGAAAUAAACUCAAAUAGAAGAACUCCCCAAAUAGUAAAAACCUAGCAAAAUCAAAAAGUUGCAAUAUCUGCUAUCAUGUGAACUAGAAAAACCAGAAUGGCAACCUUUAAAAAUAAAUCAUUUUUAAAAUUUGUGCUAUAUUGCUUUUGUGCUUUUGCAGUAUUAUGCAAAUAGUUUCAUAUUUUCUGUAAAAAUAUGACAGACAAAAAUAACACUUAAUGUUUAAUAUUAAUGCUUUGAUGAAAACUCAUUUGGUUGUACAUUGGAUUUUGAUCUGAAUGCCUAACACCCUUAUAUUGUGGGUUUUUUUGGGGGGGUUGCAUAUUGAUGAGCUGUAGCCCCAAGUUACUCAAGCCCAAGGCUCCUUGUCUUAUUUGACAGCAGUUUUUAAACAGGGUAAGAAAUAUUGCUUCCUGAAAGUAAGCAAAAUAUUUGGUAGAUAUAGUCCAAGUAUCUCCCCUCCUCCCCAAGGUUUUAUAUGAUAUUAUUUGUUUAAAUUAUUUUAUGAAUCGUUCAGAGCAUGCAGAACAUCAGGCAGCAAAUCAACCCGUACUUUUCAUAUUUUUAUGUGGAUGUUUCAUUUCUAUACCACUUCUACGUGUACAAGCUCCUCUGAAGCCCAAACGGCCUCGGUUCAGUAUACCUGAAGGAGUGUCUCCACCCCCAUCAUUCUACCCAGACACUGAGGUCCAGUGCCGAGGGCCUUCUGGCAGUUCCCUCGCUGCGAGAAGCCAAGUUACAGGGAACCAGGCAGAGGGCCUUCUCAGUGGUGGCAUCCGCCCUGUGGAACACCCUCCCACCAGAUGUCAAAGAGAACAACAACUACCAGACUUUUAGAAGACAUCUGAAGGCAGCCCUGUUCAGGGAAGCUUUUAAUGUUUGAUGCAUUACUGUAUUUUAAUAUUUUGUUGGAAGCCACCCAGAGUGGCUGGGGAAGCCCAGCCAGAUGGGCGGGGUAUAAAUAAUAAAUUAUUAUUAUAUUAUUAUUAUUAUAUUUGGGUUUUGGUAUCUGUUUCUUUUACUUAGAUCAGUCUCUCCGACAAGGAGGUGAGCAACCCGUCUCUCCUCGAACUGGUUAGAACUCCGCAGAUGAGAAAGUUCACUCUAAUCCUGAUGUAUGCCUGGUGAGUCCCAGCUGUGUUGCCUCUGUGGCUUUCCCCUUUGGCCUUUGUCAUGCAAGCCAGCCUGCUUUGAACCUUUUGCAGCUGUUUUUUCUUCCUUUUAAAGGUUCACAAGUGCAGUGGUUUAUCAAGGGCUUGUCUUGCGCCUGGGAAUCAUAGAAGGAAAUCUGUAUUUGGAGUUCUUUGUCUCAGCACUGAUGGAAUUGCCUUCAGCUUUUCUAAUCUUAUUGACAAUUGACCGCAUUGGCAGGCGCCCUCUCUUUGCAACAAGUGCCUUCGUGGCAGGUGCUGCGUGCUUAAUGACCGCAUUCUUGCCCAAAGGUAACCUUUUCGUUUUUAUUUGCUUGUUUUAGUUGCUAACUCACCCUUGUCUUUCAAGGCAGACCACAGGUGUGCGUGCGCGCACACACACAUUUAAAAAUAUGUGAAACACACACACCCCCCCAACCAUAUCUUGGAACAGAAGCUUGCUGAAAUAUGACCUUGCAUUUCUUCUUGGAAAUAAUGGCAGACUCCAGAAAAGCUUGCACACACUGCUCUGUGACCUUAUAUUGAGUCUUAAUGAAAGGUAUUGUGCUGCUGUUGCUUUUCAUUUUCUUUCCUAAUGAGCAAAACUAGGGUUUCCAUAUGCCCAGGAUUUCCUGGACAUGCACGGAAUACAGCAGUUGACAGCAGUGCCCAGACGGAAAUUGGAUUAAAUGUCUGGGAAAAUCCAGACAUGUGUCAGCCAUUUCAGCAGGGCCAUUUUUGCCAUUUUUUAAAAAGGAAAAAAUAGCUCAAAAACAGCAUUUUUUGCGAUUUUGCUAACAAUUUUGCCCCAUCCCCACCCCCAAAGUAAAGUUCAACAACUUUUCUGUCGAGAUUUUCACUUUGAAAUAUGGCAACCCUAGAAAACUAACGGGGAAUCUCUGGCAUUGCUUCACAUUGCUCUGCUUUAAAGCUAAGCUGGCAGCUGCAUAAUGAAAAGUAGUAUUUUAGUGCCACCUGCUGGUAAAUGUGAAAUAUGAGUAACGCUGCUAAUUAUUUUCAAAUCUGGAGGUUGCAUUUCUAGCUCAUUUAUUGUUAUUGAUUAAAAUUAAAUACCUUCCCUUAAUAUUGGGGCAGGUACCAAUGGUGAAUAAAUAAUAUCUCUUUUAGACUUCCAUUUUGUCCAUUCAUAAUCAAAUGAUUCUCCACUUCUGACCUCACUUCUUGCUCAUUUAUCCAUGAAGAAGCUUUGCUGAAGCAACAGGGGUUAGAUGAGAAGGACACGAAUUCAUUGUGAAAUGGAUCAGGAAUAGGAUCUUGAUUUUUGGUUUCCAUUGUUAAAGAAAUCCUUUUCGUGUUUCAUCUGCCUGUAUCCUCCACAGAUAUACCAUGGCUAAGUACAUCAUGUGCCAUCUUGGCAAGACUGGGGAUCACCAUAACUUUUGAGCUUGUCUAUCUUGUGAAUUCUGAAUUGUAUCCUACAAUAUUCAGGUAAAUGGAAUAACCACUUUGGGGAGGAAAUCCACAUAGUUGUGGGCUUGGGUUGGGGGAGGAAGUAGCAGUGGAGCAGAAAUUAUGGUUAACCUGACAGAUUACAUCAAGCAGUGAAGUGGCUCGUACAUGUGCAUUGCUAACCUAUGCAUGCCUACUCAGAAGUAAGCCCCACUGAGUUCAUUGGGACUUAGAGUUGUCCAUCAAAAAAAAAGUGGGAGUUUAUAAAAAAAAAAAGCACUGGUGAAAUGAUAGAGAAAACCAUUUACAAGGCAGUCGCAUGCCACAGUGUGCUCAGAGUCUAAAAUUUAAAAAUCCUCAGUGCACAGCUCUGCUCUCCAGUGGUUUGAAUGAAGUCUCCUUAGCAUUCCCAUAUAAAAAGAGCCAAAGGAACCCCGAUAUUGUCUAGGUCUAGGACAUUCCUAAAGAAACAUUUCCAAAAGCAGUAUAUGAAUGUAGUUUAACCACAACUCUCAACAGCCUUGGCUGUUGGCCAUGCUGGCUAGGGGUGAAGGAAGUUGGGAUCCAAAAUAUCUGGGGUGCGGCAGGUUGGGGAAGUGUGGUCUAGAAAAAAGUGCAUUCUUGCUAUUAUCACCUUUGCAAGUGCCUGUUGAUAGGCUCUUAUACCCUGACUUAAAGACCAAAUCUGGAGUUCAGUUAAAGAAAGCAAACCAGAGUGGAAUGGAGGUAUCAUGUGAAAAGUAGGUAUAGUAUAGCAUCUUGGAAGCUAGUGCAUAAAUCCACAGUAAUAUAUUCUCUUUUCUUUCCCCUAUAGAAACUUUGGUGUUUCAUUGUGCUCAGGACUGUGUGACAUAGGGGGCAUUUUAGCCCCAUUUCUUCUCUACCGGCUAGCAGCCUACUGGUCAGAGCUGCCUCUGAUUGUUUAUUGUAAGAUACUGUUUUAAAAGUGACCUCUUUUCAAAGAUGGUUCUUCUUUUUCUGAUUCUUUCAGGAAGUAAUAUUGGGAUUGGGGUUCCACACUCACUACUGUUUUGUAGCUCCAUUUUGCCAUACAAUUAUCCCCCUGCCCCGAAGCAAAGUGUCAUGCUGAGAGCCACUUCCCACAACCACUUUCUCCCAGUGAAUUUUCAGAUCAGCCUUCUGAUACCAUCCACACUGACUCUACACUUCUGAAAGCAUCAGACAGGCCUGCCCUUUGGAGAGUUGUCAGGGGGACAAGUACAGCAGUGCCCAGUUCCUUAUGUGUAAUUGUGCUGGAUAGGUACCAACACUGUAUUGUAGGUAAUAGAAAUCCUUAACAAUAUUAUCAUUAAGUUUGUUUACAUACUACUUUUAUUUAUUUAGAGAACUUGUGCUCUGCUCUUUAACCAAAAAGUCUCCCACACAAUCAAUUAAAACCGCUUACAUAACAAUAAAAACAAGAUAGUCCCUGCUUGCAUGCUUUCAGUCUAAAAGACAUGGCACAAAAGUGAAAGGGGAGAGGUAGGGAAGAGGAAAAAGGCAAACUCAGGCACCAAUUAUUAAAGUUAAAUAGUAGCUCUUAGAAUAACCAGCCUGAGGGAUGUGUUCCUCAUGACACACGUCCAUUCAGAGGUGCUAACCUGUGAGGCAGAUUGGGGGAGGGGGGAAAGUUGUGUGUGUGAUGUCCCAACAUCAAGUCAGGAUGUUGGAGGAGCCAAGGGGCAGAGCUGAAUGUGGCGGCAGCACAGCUUCAAUGGCUCCUCCUCCUCCUGCCAUUGCUGCCAUUGGCUGGGGGCUAUUUCCUCCUCCUUCCCCUCCAUGGCAGGAGCAGGAGGAGAAGGAGCCAGCCACUGAAACUGCACUACACUUGGCUCUGCAAUGGCCCUGAUUUUUUUGAACAUGGGGAGCACCCCUAAAAAAUAUUGGGGGCCCCAAAAGGGUUGGGCCCCCAGGAGCUGGUGCCCCUGCAUCCAUUCAUAAACAUCCACCCAUAAACAUGCAUAUAUACAAAUAAACCACUCACUCCCCCCUGCCCAGCAAUUAGGGCUUUCCCCACAUUUUCUUGUUCCCUGCCUCUGAACUAUCUAAAACUGUAGUAUUAAAUAUUAUUUCUCACUCCAUGUGACAUACUGUAUGUUUCCUGCUUCACAUUUUGACAGGUAUACUUUCCAUUCUAUGUGGGCUUCUGGUCACAUUUUUACCGGAGACAAAGGGCCUUCCCUUACCGGAGACAGUCGAGGAUGUGGAACAACUGCCAAAUGCCUGCACUGCUAUCUACCCGUAAAUAAUCUCAUAUGCUUUCUUGGGAUUUCAAAUGGUUCCUUCUCCAGACCUUUCAUUAGCCUCAAGCACCAAACGGUUCAUUAAAUGUGCCCUUGCACUUGCAUAUGCUGCUUCAAAAAAACAAAUAUAAAGGGAAGCUAGUCAGAUUGAGAUUGGUGGGUGGGUGGAAGCAGUUAACCUCACCCCUGCACCUCAUGCUGCAGUCCUAAUGAAAAUCCCUAUUCCUAGCUGCUGUUUCACCCCAGCAGGGAAGCUGCUAUUGGUGCUAAUUUAUUUGUUGUGUUUAUACCCAACCUUCCCACCAGGCAUAGUGGUGUGAGUUUGAGGAUUCCAUUGUUAAAGGAGACAGGCAGGUUUCUUGGCGAGUUACCUGGUCCUAAGCAGUGCUUUUUUUCUGGGGGGACGCAUACCCCUAAACAUUUUGUGAAUCUAAGUUUGGCUUCAUUGAGGGGCAGUAUUUCAAUAUAAGUAGGGAAAUGAGAGUACAGUGGUACCUCGGGUUACAGAUGCUUCAGGUUACAGACUCCGCUAACCCAGAAAUAGUACCUCUGGUUAAGAAGUUUGCUUCAGGAUGAGAACAGAAAUCACGCAGCAGCAGCGGGAGGCCCCAGUAGCUAAAGUGGUACCUCAGGUUAAGAACCGUUUCAGGUGAAGAACAGACCUCCAGAAUGAAUUAAGUUCUUAACCCGAGGUACCACUGUAUCCCUAAACUUUUUUUUAGGGGGAAAAAAACCACUGGUCCUAAGUGUGGGUUGUUAGUAUAAGAAAGGAAGUUGCUUUUGCCGGAGGGCAUAUGGGUAGGCCCCUCCCUCACCUGGCUGGUAGUGAGAAGCACAAUAGCCAGAGUGAUGUGAGAGAGGGAGGGAAGCUAGAAGCAGGCAGAAGCAGAGAGGAGAGCCAUGCUGUAUUUUUACUAGAAUCCAAGGCUGUAACAAUGGGAGAAGUGAGACCCUCUGGGGUGUUGAUGCCAUGAGCCCCUCCAUCGUGGGCUCAGGUUGUAUCCAUGUGUAAAUAAACCACAGUCUCCACUGUCCCUCAUUCCAAGGAAACCAAACCCUGGAACUCCCUGGAAUAUUGCACCACUCAGAGAUUGGCGUGCCAUAUGCAACAAUCUGUUAUUCUGUCCCCAUCCUCCCCACCACAUUUUAUCCUUACAAGAAUGCUGACAGAGAAGUGAUGCUUAGAAACAGUAACUGCCCCAGUAAGCCUCAAGUCUGAGUAUGGAUUUGAAUCUGGGUCUUCCUAGUCUGAUACUAUAACCUCUACAGUAGACCACUCAGCUCCCAUAGCCGCUUCCCUUGUAGUGCUAUCUUCAGCGACAGCGGUUUUCAUCAAAGAUUAGCGUGAUUUUUAAAAGCAUACAUUUCUGCUUAAAUCAGAACUUUGUCCCACCAUUAAAGCAUGACUUUUCUUCUUUUUUCUCUUUCCUUUUAUCACCACAGUUUCAGCAGAAGGUGUGGGAAACAGAAACAUCAGAUUUCCAGCACAUAUGUUUGAUCAUUUGCCAAAUGUUCUGAGGGCACCGCCAAUCACCUGGCUUUCAGUCUGAUGUCCAGUGGAUGCCAUUAUCAUGCCAGAUGGAGAAAAUGGAUCCUGUUUUUCCAUAAUAAAAAUCCCUAAAAGACACUUAAAGUAAAUAUAAUAUUUUUCUAUGACUUUGGGAGUAUGAAUGUGUUUUCUGAGCCUAUUGUUUCCAGGUGGGAAACUGUUAUAUGUGGAUUUUGUAGAAGAGAAAUAAUUUCCAUUAAAGAAGUUGUUUUAUUUG